UUCGUUUCUUCAUUUGUUCCUGUUGAGUCCUGCUGUACGGUUGUUCGUUCGAGUACGCUGGUCGUCGAUCCUUCGAUCCUUUGUGUCUAUUGUCUAACGAACAUUGUGAUACAUAACUGUAACUACGAUAGAAUUUAGUUAUAUUUCCUUGGUGUUAGAGAGAAACGAGCCAGUAUUUCAUCUUACUAUCACUUAGUUUGAAAUAACUAAACCGAGGCGUAUAUAUAUCGACAAAUAAAUAAGAAAAAUGUUAGCUAGAGAAGACGUAAGCAGAGAGUUAAUCUCUGCUGUACGUUAUGGAAAUCUAAACAGAGUCAGUGAUUUAGUUAAUAAUUUCGGACUGUCUUAUUCGCCGGCAUGGUCCGGAGGAUAUGUUUUACUACGUGAUGCUCUUGAAAAGCGCCGUAAUGAAAUUGCCAAAUUGCUCAUAACCAAAGGUGCCAAAGUUAAUAAUAAGACUGGAAAGCCUACAAACAAGCCAAUUCACUUUGCUGUGAUGAAUGGCAACAUAGAAAUCGUUAGAAUGCUUAUUGAUAGAGGAGCUCAAGUAAAUGUUAGAAAUAAAUCUGGCUCUACUGCAUUACACAAUGCAGUCCAAAAUAAGAUGUAUGAUAUUGCUGUAUUACUUUUAUCUCAUGGAGCCAAUGUCAAUGCACGAGAUAACACUGACAGAAGACCGUUGCAUCUCGCUACAGCAAAUGCUAGCAUAAAUAUCGUCAGAAUGCUUCUAAAUAACGGGGCUAACAUCGAUGCAAAGGACAGAUAUGGAUUUACUGUGCUUCAUAUGGCAGUUGACAGGCAAUACGAAGAACUUACUCACAUCCUAUUGUGUAAGGGAGCAGAUGUGAAUAUAGUAAACAUGUAUGGUACAAAUCCCCUUAUCCUGGCUAUUAAAAAUGCCAAUAAAAAUAUUAUUAAAACACUUCUAAUGAAAGGUGCCAAUCCUAAUGCUAAGAAUAAAUUUGGUGCCAUUCCUCUUCACGAGGCAAUCAAAUGUAGAAAACCAGAUAUCGUCCAACUACUUCUAUCCAAUGGUGCUGAUGUCAAUGUGAGAGAUAUAAACGACGCAACGCCAAUUCACUGUGCUGUUCAAUAUCCAGAUAUCGAGACUAUCAAGAUACUCCUAGACAGUGGUGCUAAUGUCAAUCUUAAAGAUGGAAACGGUGUCACGCCCCUUUCAGUUGCGGUCAAGAGAGGUAUCUCAGCAAUCAUUCAGUUAAUUCUAGAUCGAGGAGCAGAGGUCAACGUUAAGGAUUAUUCCAAUCGAACACCGCUCUCUUAUGCAAUUGAGAGACAGCAAGUACAUAUUGUUGAACUGCUCGUAAAAUAUGGAGCUUGUAUCGAUAAUUGUUGGAUAAAAGGUUAUACACUGUUUCAUAUUGCCGUUGAAUAUGGUCAUAAAAAUAUUGUUGAAUUGUUUUUGAGUAAAGAUAUUAAUAUAAACGUUGAAGGGGAAAGCGGUGAAACCCCUCUUUAUGUUGCUAUCAAGAGGAGACGUAAAGAAAUCGCUAAAGACCUUUUGGAACGAGGAGCUUCUGUCAACUGUGUAUGCACUUUACCAGACUGGCAAGGGUACACACCAUUACACGUAGCAUGUGAAAAUGGUUUAACAGAAAUCGUCGAACUACUGUUGCAUAAAGGCGCUGAAGUCAACGCUAUCGCUAGUCAGAAGAUAACACCAAUAUACCUUGCUACAAGAUCAGGACAUCUGGACAUAAUUAAACUACUACUGGACAAUAACGCCAAUGUUGACGCGCAAGACAAGAAUGAGAAAACCAUACUACAUUUGGCCGUUGAACAAGGACAACCAGCAAUAGUUGACGAGAUUUUAUCACAUUCACCUAACAUUAAUAUCGAGAGCAAUCAAAAUUCACUUCAAGUUGCGGUGUGCAGGCAACAGAAAAAAUUUAACCGUAUCGUCAAUUCACUCUUGAGGUAUGGUUUUAUGGUUAACACUGAGGAUCAAUGUGACGUCAAAUUGUUGCUUGAUGCCGUUAAAAAGGGGUAUCUGACAAUCGUGGAGAACUUCUUGAAAUCCGGUAUCGAUACUAAUAAACUAUACGGCGCAACGGUUAAUGAGAAAAUUACAUUACUGCACGGGGCCGCUAUGCACAGGCAAAAAGAGGUAGCCAGGCUACUAAUUACUUACAAAGCUAAUGUUAAUGCCAAAGAUUACAUUAACAAUACACCAAUAUAUUAUGCCAUUAAAAACGGCGAUUUAAAAUUCACGGAAUUACUUUUGGCGAACGGUGCUGAAAUAUACGAUAAACCAGAGUUAUUAGGUAUUGCUUUGGAGAAAGGAUGCAAAAAAAUCGUUAAAAUUGUUUUAAAACAUGGUCUAGAUGUCAACGCUGUGGAUAUACAUGGGAACUCAGCCUUACAUCAUGCACUUCUUUCUAAUGAACUACGUCUUGCCGAAGACCAUAAUGAGAACAUCUUCUGUACCACAGCAGAUAUCUUUAAGUUCCUGUUAGAAAAAGGAGCUAAUGUCAAUGCGAGAACCAAAACUGGUUUAACAUUACUUCAUCUAGCCAUUCAGAAAGGAGACGAUCAUGUCGUACGAACUCUUUUGGAAUACGGUGCCGAUAUCAAUUUGAGAGAUGAUAAUGACGCCACAGCGCUUCAUUUUGUUGCGCAAAAAGGAGGAGAAACAAUUUGCAGUUUACUAGUCAAUAAAGGAGCUGAUGUCCAUGCUAAACAAAAAUGUGGUUUAACGGCGCUACAUCUGGCCGCUGAAUCUGGUAACGUAUAUAUCAUGAAAAUUCUGAUUAAUUCUGGCGUCGACGUUGAUGCCGUAGAAGCGAACGGUAAUACUGCACUUCAUAUUGCAUCCAAAAUCGGACAGAACAAAGCCGUUCUAACUCUUAUGCAAAAUGGUGCCGAUGUAAAUAUCGUUAAUAAAGACAAUAAGACAGCGUUCCACUUUGUUAAGUAUGGUAAUGAAGAGUCUUGUGAUGAAAGUUUCUCCGAUAGCAACGACUAUUCCGAUGUCGAUAGUUUCGAAGAUAAUUAUGAUAAUGACGCGUACGACAAUUAUUACGAUUACGAUUACGAUUACGAUUUUGAUGAUAAUUAUGAUGUUGGUUUUGGAUAUGAUUUCCCCCCUUUCGACUUAGAUUUCUUAGACUUGUAUGACCGUCAGUCUGAAGAUUGGUCCGAUUUCUCUGGCAGUAGUAUGGAUUACAAUCGAACGGUUACGAUUUUCCAAGAGCACUUAAUUAAAAUGUACAAUGCUAACUUAUAUGUGAAUCAAGAAAAUUUGCGGGAACUUAAAGUCACGAGAGAGGUAAAAGAUCAGUCUGUGUUUCAGAAAAAAUGUGCGAUAGAAAUAAAGAAAAUGAAAAGUAAAAAAAUUCAUAACACUAAUAUAACAUUCCAUGAUAUAUUAGCAAAACGCUUGGACAAAGUAGUAUCAUACGUUAGAAACGAAAAUGUUGUUCAAGUUUUGAGAUCGAAAGAUUACGAGACACAAUUUCCUGUUUACGCAAGUAUGAUAGACAGCCGUUUUAGGAAAGCUAUGAUACGAAAGGAAUUGUUAGAUGAGAUCGUUAAAGAUUUCAAUGGCUUGAUCAGCAGCACAUCUUAUUGCUUACCGUAUAAUUGCAUCCAAGAAAUACUCAGUUACCUAAGUAACAAUAAUCUAGAAAUUUUAAGAGGUGGUCCACCUAAUAAGGGGUUCAAACAUUAAGUAUGUACAAAGUUAGAGAACACUGUAAUAUAUAACUUACUAUUUUUGUAUUUAUUCAUUAACAUUGAUAUUAAUAAAUUUUUAUUUUGUACUUUA